AUGGGAGACAAGUCCAUAUCCAUUUGUCACAGAUUGGUUGAAAUAAAGCGAGAUGGGCAGCACAGAGAAGUACGUAUAUUUUCUGAUGCUGGAAGAAUUCUACGGCCUCUUUUAGUUGUUGGUAACUUGAAGAAAAUUAAGGAUUUGAAAGGGGGAGAUUACUCUUUUCAGUCUCUUUUGGAAAAUGGAAUCAUUGAGCUUAUUGGACCCGAAGAGGAAGAAGAUUGCUACACUGCAUGGGGGAUUAAAUACCUCUUAAUGGAAAAAGAAGGCAAACAACCCAUGGAGUACACACACUGUGAACUUGAUAUGUCAUUUUUAUUAGGUUUAAGCUGUGGGAUCAUCCCUUUUGCAAAUCAUGACCAUGCAAGAAGGGUCCUCUACCAGUCUGAGAAGCACUCUCAACAGGCUAUUGGUUUUUCCACCACAAAUCCAAAUAUCAGAGUUGAUACUAAUACACAUCAAUUGUACUACCCCCAGAAGCCUCUUUUCCAGACAAUGCUUUCUGAUUGUCUUGGAAAGCCUGGGUAUCCUCGUGGUCAUAGUGCAAAAUUGCCAAAACCUGAAUUCUUUAAUGGGCAAUGUGCUAUUGUGGCCGUCAAUGUGCACCUUGGCUACAACCAAGAGGAUUCCUUGGUAAUGAACCGGGCAUCAUUGGAGCGUGGUAUGUUCCGAUCAGAGCACAUCAGGAGUUACAAGUCUGAGGUUGAUAACAAGGAAGCAUUGGGAAAGAAACCAAAAUUUGAGGACACAGUGAACUUUGGAAAGACACAAAGUAAAAUUGGACGUGUUGACAGCCUCGAUGAUGAUGGUUUCCCUUUCAUCGGUGCUAACUUGCAGAGUGGUGAUAUUGUCAUAGGGAAAUAUGCAGAAUCAGGGGCCGAUCAUAGUGUAAAAUUGAAGCACACUGAAAGAGGCAUGGUCCAAAAGGUCGUCCUCUCUGCCAAUGAUGAAGGCAAGAACUUCGCUGUAGUAUCUUUGAGACAGGUUCGUUCUCCAUGCCUUGGAGACAAGUUCUCAAGCAUGCAUGGACAGAAGGGUGUUCUAGGUUUUCUGGAGUCUCAGGAAAACUUCCCUUUCACUGUGCAAGGGAUAGUUCCAGAUAUCGUAAUAAACCCACAUGCAUUUCCUUCAAGGCAAACUCCUGGUCAAUUGCUAGAGGCUGCUUUGGGGAAGGGUAUUGCCCUCGGCAGUACACAAAAAUAUGCCACCCCCUUUUCCACACUGUCCGUUGAUGCGAUAACAGACCAGCUUCAUAGGGCUGGAUUUUCAAGAUGGGGAAAUGAGAGAGUUUACAAUGGUCGAACUGGUGAAAUGAUUCGUUCCCUAAUCUUUAUGGGCCCAACAUUCUACCAGCGCCUGCACCAUAUGGCUGAAGAUAAAGUUAAAUUUCGCAACACUGGGCCAGUCCAUCCUCUCACCCGACAGCCAGUGGCAGACCGCAAGCGAUUUGGUGGGAUCAAAUUUGGGGAGAUGGAGCGCGAUUGCCUUAUAGCCCAUGGUGCAGCUGCCAAUCUGCACGAACGCCUCUUCACACUCAGUGACUCCUCUCAAAUGCACAUCUGCCGGAAAUGCAAAAAUAUGGCAAACGUCAUCCAACGGCCAGUGCCUGGUGGCCGUAAGAUUCGGGGUCCUUAUUGCCGGUUCUGUGAGUCUGUAGAAGACAUUAUCAGGGUCAAUGUACCUUAUGGUGCGAAGCUACUUUGUCAAGAGCUUUUCAGCAUGGGCAUCUCUCUGAAAUUUGAAACCGAGGUGUGCUGAGCCACUCUACAUAGUCCCAGCACUCUGUUUAAAGUUCAUGGAACUCUUUGCUUAUAUGUUAAGAUGUGAAGUAAACACAUUAUGUCAGUUUAAUCUAGUGUGGC